AUGCGCGCAUCGCUCCGGCGUAUACAGCCGGCACGACUGCCAACCUGGGGGGUCCGGUACUGUUCGACGGCACCGAAGGCCGCGCCGGAGCCCGAAGCGCGCCUUCGCUUCGCGCCUUCCCCAACCGGAUUCCUGCAUCUCGGUGGUCUCCGCACUGCGCUCUUCAACUACCUCCUCGCCAAGAAGUGGGAUGGCAAAAUACUCCUCCGAAUCGAGGACACAGAUCAGUCCCGCCUGGUUCCUGGCGCAGUGGACGCACUUCGGCGCACCUUUGACUGGGCGGGCAUCGAAUACGACGAGGGCGUGGGGAUAGGCGGGUCAUGUGGACCAUAUGUCCAGAGCGAGCGAUUGGACCUGUACCGCGAGCAUGCACAGAAGCUAAUUGACACGGACAACGCGUAUGAGUGCUUCUGCACCCCGGACGAGCUGGCGGCGAUCCGCCUCAGCCUCGCCAAGCGCGGCCGGUUGGGGUACGACGGACGGUGUCGGCAUCUUUCGCGGGACGACGUGCGUGCGCGAAAGGAGGCAGGCCACCCAUACACAAUCCGGUUCAAGUCCAAGCAGGAGAAGGAGACGCUCCCCGACGACCUCGUCUUCGGGCCUGCCCAGCCAAACGUUACGGGUACGGGUGCGGACGACUUCAUCAUGAUGAAGACGGACGGGUGGCCAACCUACCAUCUGGCCAGUGUGGUGGACGAUCACCACAUGCGCAUCAGUCACGUGCUGCGGGGCGAGGAGUGGUUGCCGAGUGUCACCAAGCACCACCAGCUCUACCGCGCGUUCGGGUGGUCACCUCCCGCGUUCGCCCACCUCCCAUUACUGGUGAAUGCGGACGGAACCAAGCUGAGUAAGCGAACAGGCGAUGUACAUGUCGAGCAGUACGCGGAGAAGGGGUACGAGCCGGAAGCGAUGCUCAACUUCCUUGCUCUGCUGGGAUGGGAUUACCACGGCGCUCGGCGACAUGGGAACGAGGUGGGUGUGACGAAAACUAAGGAUGGGAAGGAGCUCGACGAAGUGUUCAGCUUGUCGGAGCUCGUGGAUGCGUUCGAUAUCGGCGGGAUCACGCACCGCCGCGCGGCGGUGUCGAUGUCCAAGCUGGACUACAUCAACAAGAUGACUUUGCGGCGCAAGGCCACUGCCCCGGGCGCAGGGGAGGAGGGCCACGCGGCGCUGGUGGCACGCUUCCAUGCCGGGCUGCGUGCUGAGCCGUCCCUCGCCGCCUCGGCGCUGGUAGAGGACGAGGCCUACGUCGAGCGCGUGUUCGACAUGGAGCUCGAGCGUAUCACGCGCCUCAACGAGAUGCCUGGAGCUUCAGCGUUCUACUUCCUCGACCCCGACUACUACACCGACGGGCCAAAGGCGAUGCUCGCCAAGAUCAAGCGGGACGCUUACGUGGACGCUGUCUCUGCCGUCAUUAAGGCGCUUGAGGGAGACGGCGAGCUGACCCCCGAGGCUGCAUGGGACGCAAUCCACGCCGCCUUUGCUUCACUACCGUACAAGAAGAAAGACAUCACCAUGUCCCUCCGACACGCCCUUACAGGUCGCGCACAGGGCCCAACGGUUGCAGAGAUCUUGUCCGUCCUGGGCCGUGAACGCUCGCUUGCACGUCUGCGCGGCGGCCUCGCGUCGGUGGAAUAG